UUGUAUAAAAAAAAAAGAUACACAUCCGUGACAACCAUUACCAUACAGGCACAACAACGCUGCUACUUUGUCAAAUACUUUCUCUUUUGGAGAUGAAACACAACUCUAACGUGCCAGGUUUCCUCACCAAGCUGUGGACUUUGGUGGAAGAUGCGGACACCGACGAACUUAUCUGUUGGAGUCAGCAGGGCAAUAGUUUCCUGGUGCUGGAUGAGCUGCGGUUUUCCAAGGAGAUCCUCCCUAAGUUCUUCAAGCACAACAACAUGACCAGCUUUAUCAGGCAGCUCAACAUGUAUGGAUUCCGUAAAGUGAUGCACCCCGAGCAAGGCAUUGUGAAGCAGGAGAGAGAUGUUCCUGUGGAAUUUCAGCACACUUAUUUCAAACAAGGACAGGAUGACCUGCUUGAGAACAUCAAGAGGAAGGUUUCCAGCACUCGGCCUGAGGACAAUAAGAUCCGACAAGGAGACCUGUCGAAGAUCCUGGCUAGUGUUCAGAGUGUUCACAGCAAGCAGGAAAACAUUGAUGUCAGGCUGGCAACACUGAAGAGGGAGAAUGAAGCACUGUGGACAGAGAUCUCUGAUAUGAGACAGAAGUAUGCGCAUCAGCAGCAACUCAUCAAGAAGCUUAUACAUUUUAUCGUCACAUUGGUACAGAACAACCACAUCCUGAAUUUAAAGCGCAAAAGGCCAAUUCUUAUGAACAGCAAUGGAAAGAAGCCCAAAUAUUUUCACGAGGUCUAUGAUGACAAAGUAUGUGUGGAACAGUCACCUGUCAAUAGUGUGAAAGAUGAUGUCGUCAUCUGUGACCUGACAGAGAAUGAAGCAGAAGUCACAGACUGGUCGACCAGACCCAACGAGCCAGGUGAUGUAGAAAUAGUUGAAGUGGAUGUGGACCCCUACCCAAUGCUGGCAGUUGACGCAGAGGCCAGCACAACAUGCACUGAAGAUGUCAAAGAGGCGGAAGUCUUGGAGCAGCCAAGGAACAGCAUGUGUGACAGCAGCAGACCAACCAGCAGCAUUCUACAGCUCAAUAAACCUUCAGGCAUUAGUUUUGAAGACCCUGUCAAGAUUAUGGACUCCAUACUAAACGAGAAUAGCGCCAUUUCACAGAACAUCAACCUGCUUGGCAAGAUGGAGCUGAUGGACUAUCUGGAGAGCAUUGAGUGGAGCAUGGAGGAUUUUCAGGCCAUGCUUUAUGGAAAACCAUUAGGCAUCGAUAUCGAUACCUUAGAGGAAACCGUGUCCUCAAAAGAAAGCCCAACACAACUCAGCAGAUGUAGGCAGCGAGAAGACAACACAGACAAGCAGGUGAUCCAGUACACAUCCUCCCCCCUGCUGGCCUUCCUGGAUGGCUGUGUCCCACCUGCAGAGGUGCCCUCCACUUCGGCGGACUCCAUCGAGUCGGAACUCCCCUCGGAGCUGCUGGACGGCAGCGUGGAAUCCAAGCCGGCGGGUCGCAGCUCCUUCAUCCGCCUGGAGCCCCUGACAGAAGCGGAGGCGAGCCAGGAGACCCUUUUCUACUUGUGUGAACUGAGUCCCAGCAGACCUGAAUCAGACCCUGCUGAGCUGGACGGCAUGUGAGUGAAGUGGCCAUACUUGAUCCUUUGUUAGUUGUUCUAACUUGAACCCAGUGCAUCGUUUUAUGGUGAAUGUCGAAUUCGACUGAGGGAAAUAAGUAUUUCAUCCCAAAGUUUGACAGUAGUGAUGCUGUUGUUGGUUCAUAUUCAACAUUUCUCUGCAAGAGAACACGUCCAUGUUGUCAUGUGACCACAUCACGUUCUCCUUGUCUAUGAAUGUUCUCAUCAUGCAGGUCGUUGUCAUUCAAUCGAUCGCAACUGGACUGUUUGGUUUGUUUUAGACGUUUCGCCGCUCAUAGACUUAGACAUUCUCCUGGUGGUCCGUGAAAAUAAAGCCACCAUGAAACGAUGCAUGCAAGGAUUCAACUUGGAGAUCCUGCAGAUCAAAUGCUUUUUUUCCAGGGUAAAUCGCCAUGACCUGAAAUGAAAGUAUGACACGUCCCUCCAUUCCGGUACUGCAUGUUUGCUAAAAACAAUGAAAAUGGCAUCUUGGCUACAAAGUCACUUGGAGUUCAAAAGGGAAUCAUUUCCUGCUGGUUUUGAUAUGCUUUCUAUUGCAGUGCAGUUAUGUUAAAUUGCCUCGUCCACAAGUUUUGUCACGCCGUCCUAAACAGACUGUAAAUACUUCUUCACUAUACUGUACAAGUGUUUAAGAUUUUGUUUCCAUUGUCUUUCUUCCACGAGUGUUGUUGUGACAUCCUGUAGGUUUGCUUCCUCACAUUAUGAACAAAGCUGACUGUCAAUAUAAAUAUAAAAGAAAAACACACUA